AUGGCUGCGUCCAUGGAUGUAAACCUUCAAAUGGAUCAGUACCAUGCCCAUCACCCUCAUGUCUCUGGUGGUUCACUGUCUUCCCAUCCUAAUUCGGGGCAUCUGCAACACGAGGGUGCUAAUACCCGCCUCCCGAAUCAGUUUGGCAUCCAGUCACAAGGCCAUCAUUUUGGUCAUGUCCAUGACUCGUAUGUCAAUUCGACCCCAUCUGUCCAGCAGAUUUUGAUGCAACAGCAAAUCCAACAUCAGCGGUCAGCUCAUUUCGCUCCUCAAGUAUAUGACAGCAAUGAGCGGUUAACAAAACCACACCCCAAUCACAAUACAAGUCCUCUGAAUCAGGUAAAUCAAAUGCGCAUUCAAAUACCUGCUCACCAACAAAUUCCCCAUCCUUUGCAACCCAAUAAUCCCACUGUCACUUCAAAUCCCCGAUAUUCUCCUAUAGAUCAUCAUGGAUCGCAUCAUUCCCCACCAAUCUCGAAAGAUAGUUACAACACUUCUGCCUAUCAUUUGCAAGACCAGUCACAUGUCCUUACUCAUACAUCUCAUUUACAGCAACCUGUAUAUCCUUAUCAUGGAGAUUCAUCCCAAAUGCAAAAUCCACAGACGACCGCCCACACAACAACUGAAUUAUCCAAUUCUCAGUAUACGGGACAUCACUUAUCCAUGCAAUUAAAUAACAGUGCUUCCGGAGAUAACGAUAUUCACCAUUCUGGUAACCAACAUCCUCAUGUUUCUACUGGUUUCCAAGCCCCUCCAGCUCCCUAUGUACCUCCAGCUAAAAAGCGGCGGGGAAGACCCCCAACUCAUCCAACUUUUGAUGUCGGUGCUGGAACCUUACUUGACGAAGACGAGCAUACCCUCUAUGGAGCUAUACGAUCGGGAAGAGUAGCUCCACAAACAGUUGUUGAUGAUUGGAUUGAGCAAUAUAAAACAAAUCGUGAACCAGCUAUGUUGGAAUUGAUCCAAUUCUUUAUUUCAUGCAGUGGUUGCAAAGGAAAAGUAACACCGGAAAUGUAUAGCCGCCUGUCACAUGCUGAUAUUAUUCGUCGAAUGACUGAAGAGUUUGAUGAAGACUCGGGUGAAUACCCACUUAUACAAUCAAGCCCAGUUUGGAAACGCUUUCGUUCAAAUUUUGUUGAAUUCAUCCAAGUAUUAAUUCGUCAAUGUCAAUAUAGUAUAAUUUACGAUCAAUGCAUGAUUGAUCAAGUCAUUUCUUUAUUGACAGGCCUUACUGACUCACAGGUUCGGGCGUUUAGACAUACCAGUACAUUGGCUGCUAUGAAAAUGAUGACUGCUCUUGUUGAUGUUGCGCUCAAUGUUAGUAUCAAUAGAGAUAACACACAACGUCAGUAUGAAGCUGAAAGAUCAAAAGUUCAGAAUCGACGUGCUUCUGACAGACUUGAAGUGCUAAUGCAACGUCGACAAGAGUUAGAAGAGAAUAUGGAGGAAGUCAAAAAUAUGCUUGUAUACAUUUUCAAAGGUGUUUUCGUUCAUCGAUACAGGGAUAGCCAGGCAGAAAUACGAACAAUAUGCAUGCAAGAAAUCGGUGUCUGGAUGCGUCGUUAUCCAGCUAUGUUUUUAGACGACAGUUACUUAAAGUAUGUUGGUUGGACACUUUAUGAUAGAAUUGGAGAUGUUCGUCUUCAGUGUCUUCGCGCCUUACAGCCCUUGUAUGAAGAUCCUGCUCUCAUCAAUAGUCUGGAGCUUUUCACUUCUCGUUUUAAAUCACGUCUUGUGGAUAUGACACUUGAUAAAGAGACUGAAGUGGCAGUUCAAGCUGUAAAACUAGUCUCCUGUAUAUUGAAGCAUAGUGACUCAGUACUUGAAGACAAGGAUUGUGAAAAUAUAUAUGAGUUGGUUUAUUGCACUCACAGGCCUUUAGCACAAGCAGCUGGUGAAUUUUUAACUUUAAAACUUUUUGAAGUUGAUUCCCAUGCUCCUCCCACUAGAACCAGAAAAGGUAAAAAACGUAGUGAAAAUACACCACUCAUUCGUGACCUCGUGCAAUUUUUCAUCGAGAGUGAAUUACAUGAACAUGCUACUUAUUUGGUCGAUAGUUUAUGGGAUUUAUGCCCAAUGCUUCGUGAUUGGGAAGCUAUGCUAGAUUUGCUUCUUGAAGAACCAGGUAGAGGUGAGGAACCUAUGGAUGCAAAUCAAGAAACAAGUUUGAUCGAAAUUAUGGUUUGUUGUGUUCGUCAAGCAGCAACGGGGGAAUCACCAGUAGGACGACAGACUGGUGGCCAUCAUUCACAUUCCAAUACCAACUUACUGACUGGCAUGAGUUUACUGGAGACUGGUGGACGCGGUCGAGGUGGUGCAACUACCGGUACAGGGAACAGCGCUGCACCCUCUUCACGUGAAGCUCGUGCCCUGGCCGAAGAACGUAGUCGUAUGACAGAAGCAAUGAUAACUGCUAUACCAGCACUCCUUGCUAAGUAUGGUGAAUCUCCUGAACGAGCUACAAACCUUCUUGCUAUUCCACGACACAUGGAAAUGGAACUCUACACUACGGGCCGACAUGAAAGACAUUUGGAUCUUCUUCUACAAGCUGUUCAGGAUAUUGUAGAACGUCAUACUGAUCCACACACAUUAUUGGCUUGUUCGCGCGUUUACGAAUCGUUGUGUAUUGAUGAAUUAAGCAUUUCUGCAAAGUGUCAAACUGUCCGUGGCACGCUGUUGGAUCGUUUGGUGGAUCUUUAUCGAGAUGCAUUCUUAAACUACUUUAACGAUCAGGGAGAGGAACCCGAUCAGGAUGAUGAGUUUCACUUACUAGCUGCAUUGAAACGAAUCUAUGCGUUUUACGCUUGUCACGAUCUUUCUGGAUUGGAUUUAUGGGAUAGUCUUAUCAGGAUCGCACAAUCCGGAAAUGAUGCCAACGGUGAAAUUGUGGCUCAGGCUGUUAGCUGUUGCUCUAAAGCUCUACUGUGGAAUCUUGCUAGAAUUGGAGAGGCUGAUGUCGACAAAACGGAUUUGAACAAACUAAGAAGACAGUUAAAUCUGUAUAUGGACGUUUGUAUUGGCUACCUAGAUCAUUCAUGCAAACGGUUAGCAUCAGAAUCGUUUCUGUCCAUUUGUGAUUUGCUAGUUGUUUUUUCACGUCAUCUUUCCAUUCACUUGCCAAAUCUGAAAUCUAUCAUUUAUACAGCCGACAGGGAUCUAGAACUCAAGUUGACCAAUUUUCUGGAGCAACGGGUUUUCGUUGAUGAUGACGACGAAGAGGAUGAUGAAAAUGUCAAAUUUGAAUCGCUUCACGAAAGGCGUACACAACUAGCUGCAUUUUUUAAACUAGUAAUAUAUAAUUUGAUUCCUAUACGAGCAGCUGCUCCGAUCUACAAAUACUAUAUUCGGUCUUUCAAUGAUUUUGGUGAUAUUAUGAAAUCUACACUGGCCAAAGCUCGUGAAAUCAAUCGCGUGCACACCGCUCGUAUGAUUGCGCAUUGUUUAGAAUUAUGUUAUCUACAAGUAGAAUCAGCUUCUAAUAAUUGUGUUGAACGUGGUUCUGAAGGUCUUCAAGCUGUAAAGGAACUUGCUAGGCGUCUGAAUCUCAGUUUCGGUCUCGACCUAAUUAAAAUACGCGAAUCUAUGGUUGCCUUUCACUCCGAAGGGAUACAGUUUUGUGUUUCCCGAGCUGCUUCCACAGCUGCUGCAACAGGUCAAACCCCUGGUGUCCCAAGCAAUUUACUUUUCCUUGAAGUUGUCGCUGAAUUCUCAAACAAGCUUCUCAGACAAGAUAAGAAAAGCAUAUAUGAAUAUCUCCGUCGAGUAAGUUUCAAGAGUUGCCUCGUAACUCAAUUAUGCAAAGUAUUUCUCGUUGCGAAAAUGAUGAUGAUGAUGUGUGUUAAACUACGUUUUAUCAUGAUUGAUUAUUAGAGUACUUGAACACUCAAUAUUUACAUUUAACCACUAAUAAUGAUGUGACUGAUCAGAACUGAGAAUAAUGAUCUAGUUCUUAGUUUCAUUUGAUAGCAAUUAACCUACAACACCUGAAUCUUAUGGUUUAUUUUUUUAAUAUCAUGUAUAUAAGUAGAUGUAAGUUUGUAGCUGAAGCUAGAUCAGAACACACUUUGCGAACGAUUUUUUUCAGUUAAUCGGUCGUAAACGGAUAGCUGACACAAAUACGCAUUCUCUAGAUACUGUUUCUUUCGUAGCUACAGAUGAUUAUUUCUCUUAUUCGUAGUCCCUUAACAGAGUAGAAAGUUUGACGUGUAUCCAGUAAUUUGAAUGUUUUUAUCACAGUAAAUUGGGCUUUUGACUUGUCUUUUAUUUCUCUAUACUUUUUUUAAAAAUUUCCAUCUUUUGUGAUUAGAUUUUCCCAAAUCCUGUUGGCAGUGAAUGGGCUAGUCUGCAUGCCUAUCGAUCAAGUCUGGAUCCUGACAACACUGAUAAUGCUCCAGGACAUGAUGGAGUUAGUCAUGCUACAAAUCCUCAAGCUGUCAGCAGUUCCAAUCCUGCUCCAGUACAAGGUAACACGGUGGUACCAACAAGUGGACGUGUAGGAUAUGGAGGUAGGGGGCGCGGCAAACGACUCCGAGAUUCUGACUCCUCUCUUCGUAAGCAAUAAAUUAUUUUAUCCUUAUGUAGUCAAAGUUUUGCCAUCUUCCUAUAGUUUUAUUAUAUGUUGAGAAAAGUUUAGUUUUAUCAGUUAAGAAAACCUACAAAUCUAGAUGCUGAGAAUUCGUAUUACAGAUAACCACUAAAUCACUUGCUAAAAGCUUUACUAGUACUGCUUAGGGAAACUUUGUUACGUAGUAACAGGUUUCCAGCACGUAAACUCAUGUGUGUGCUCGCCAUGUAACUUAAUUAACACGAAACUUUAAAAAUGUGUUUUUCCGAUCGUUCUUUGUGACUAUAUUAUGUAGAUUUGGCAGUUCAAUCAAUACUGAUCAAAUGAUUGUGAAUCAGUUAACGGGAUUGAACAAUGAUGCAUUUAGAUGAUUUAGUUAUAAAUGUUUAAGAAUAUAUAUCUUAAAUAAAUUAAAACAAGUGAACAUAUGACGUAAUUAGUUAAAGUCAGAAAUUUAUGUUAAGUAAUCAAAUCAAUUUACGGAUUACAUAGAUUGUAAUUGUAAAGAAUGAGAUAAGUUGUCUAGUCUUUGAAAAUACUUAAUAAGAUGAAUAGAAUAGCUGAUAAAUGUUUUGAUGAACACUAAUCGUGUAAGUAUAGAUCUAAAUAAUGGAAAACAUAGUUGAACUAUAUCCAGUAUAAUUUCAGGGGUCAUUUGAUAGAAUAAAUAGACAUUUUAUGAACGCGUAACCCCUAGUUUUCUCAUUUGUUUUUUUUGUUGUGCACAAAAAGAUGGAAUCAUUGAAGCUCUGUACUCUUCUGUCAAUAUCUCUUUAAGUAGUAUACUUCACUCGACUCAGUUGAUCAUUAAAAUAAUUAAGAUUCAACAUGUAGAUGAAGACGACUUCCGAAAUAACUAUGCAGAGCCGUUGGUUUAGUCACUAAAAUACAGUAUUCAAAUAUCAAGUUCCACAUUACAAUGUUACUUCACUUGGUUCAUUUUUAAUCUCCACUUUUUAUUACUAUCCGUUGCACAAAAUAAUAAUAAGUCGAAACCAAUUAUACAAACUUAUGUUUGAUAUCAAGAUUUAUCAACUAAAAACAAGUGUACAGAAAUCAAACCACGCACUUAUAGCGAAGUUACAUAGUGAUCUUGAAGGAUUUAUGGAUAAUUUAGCAGCUGUGAUUGGAUGGAUGAAAGGAAUAUGCAGAUCGUUUGCUCACUUAACAAAUCUGAUUUAUCAUCUUCCAGUCUUCAUAGCGUUGGGGUUGGUAAGUUAGAUGGAAUUCUUCGCAUCGAUAUAUUGCCCCGUGUUUAUUAAAUGUUUUUUUAUCGUUCUGUCUGUCUUUCGAUGAACCAAGUGAAGUGAUUAGAAACCCAAAUACCAUACAGUGCCUGAAUGGGCAUCCAGUAAAACUAAUUCUGCCAAAGCUGAUAAAGUGAGGUGACAAAUUCCGACUGCAUUGGUUAGGAAACAAGAAUCAUAACUCUAUUCUAUUGGGCUUUUUCUAGACGUAAUGGCACCAGUUUUUUUGUCUCAAAAAUUUGAACGAUGUGUUGUUGUUAAAUAGCCUACAUAGCUCUGUUUAUGGAACAAGAACGUGUAACCGGACUUUUCCUGCUUCAGUUAAUAAUCAAAUAUCGGAUUAUACUUUUGGAUAUCGUUUCCAAAUUUUACCUGUGUAUCGCACUUUUACUUUCACUGUUUGUCAAUUGUCCUUGUAUACCAUGUUUAUCUUUUCUAAUCGUUAUUUUAUAAUAUAUAGCCGACGCAAAUUUAAAUCCACAGUCCACAAGUACAGCUAUCAAAAAGAAGCGCACCAAUAUCGCGAGUAGUAGCAAAAAUGCAUCUGGAAAUGUUUCUAGUAUGACUGCAGUUGACCCUUCCCGACCUACAUCACCUUCAGAAAUACCCCUCAACAUUGCAGGAUGUGCACCCCACCAUAAUCCUUCGACAUCGAUGACAACUUUAUCUACUCCCGUUCAUCCGUCUAACCAAUAAAUUAUUCAGAAGAAAUGAAUUUUAUGGCCGACGCGUCUGUGUGUUUCACCGCUUCGAAAUUAUGCAAUUAUCUAGAAGUGUUUCGUUCAGCGAACAUCUUCAGAUGUUUAUAUCUGUAAAUAUAGACAACUGAUGCUUUAUAUAAUUAUCUUCACACAGAUUAAUCCCAACUGGCUGUAUUAUUCAAAUCCCUUUCCAGAAAAUGUACAUUCUUUUUAGGUUAUCGACUUGAUUAUCACAAUUGUUCACGAACUUAGUUUUUUUCUAUUUGUCUCUCCCUUCUAUACUAAAGCAAAUUGUUUUUGUAUCAUGCGUUUUUUUAAAGCCCUCAUUUUUACUUGAUAUCUAAUCCUCCCCGAAGUUAUUGUAUUUUCAAAUUUUGUUUGUAUACAGUGAUCAGCCAUUAUCAGGCUGGAAGAAUGCUGUGUAGCUCAUUUAAGCAAUGUUGUUCAAAAUUGUGCAGAGCAGAACUAUUUUUACACAGAGAACUUGCUAAUAUUAUUAUGUAAAUUGCCUUUUUGUAAAACUAAUCACCUUUAUUAAAUAGUACCGCACUAUUUAGUUUUUUUUUUUCAACUAUUUGUCC